AUGUCGACAGAUCAAAAGACGGCCGGCCCCGAGGGCAACAAGCUCUUCACCCGCAACCACCUCUUCGACCUCACCGGCAAGGUCGCGCUCGUCACGGGCGGCGGCACGGGCAUCGGCCUGAUGGCCACGCAGGCGCUCGCCGCCAACGGCGCCAAGGUCUACAUCACGUCGCGCAACCAGGACAAGCUCGACAACACGGCCAAGACGUACGGCGGCGAGAACGUCGCCGGCGAGAUCAUCCCCAUCCAGGCCGACGUCACCAGCAAGGCCGACAUUGACAAGCUUUUCAAGGAGAUCUCGUCCAAGGAGGAUUGCCUCGACGUGCUCAUCAACAACGCCGGCGUGUCGAGUGGCGCCGUCGACGUCGAGAGUGACAGCGCCGAGGACAUGAAGGCCACGCUCUUCGACUCCGAGUCGUCCAACUUUGAGGACUGGACCGACACCUACCGCACCAACGUCGCGGCCGUCUUCUACGUCGCCGCGAGCUUCCUGCCGCUGCUGCAAAAGUCGACCGACACGCGCCCCGGCUGGUCCGGCACCGUCGUCAACAUCAGCAGCAUCAGCGGCAUGAUCAAGAAGUCGCAGCACCACUUCUCCUACAACGCCUCCAAGGCCGCCACCAUUCACGUCAACCGCAUGCUCGCCGAGGAGAUUGCCUCCAACGGCCUCAAGAUCCGCGUCAACAGCAUCGCCCCCGGCGUCUUCCCCAGCGAGAUGACCACCAAGGAGCCCGCCGACGGCCAGCAGAAGAGCGCCAUCCCCAAGGAGAAGUACGCCGACAAGGUCCCCGCCGGCCGCCCGGGCAAGGACGAGGACAUGGCUGCCACCGUGCUGUUUUUCGCGUGUAACCAGUACCUCAAUGGCCAGACGCUGGCUGUGGAUGGCGGGUACACCCUCGCCGCUGGGUUGUAA